CAGAGAAGCAUUUCACCCGACCUCUAGCUCAUUGCAGAUUUCGUACAGGGGAGAUCCUGUACAGGUUGAUGAUCAGGUGACCAUUGUUGACCCGGUGGCGAGGAGGAUGGCUGAGAGGGUCAUGGAGGAGCAUGGGGAGGAGAUGGAGAGGGAGGAUCUAAGGAGGGCUUGCAAGGUUAGAGCGCCGGCAGGUGGAUUGCUUGGUGUAGGUAGUUCUGGUGGGCGACUGGAUGACAUUGGGGGUUCAAGCGAUGGGGAGGCUGGCGGUCAGGUUUUGGAGGAUGAGAUCAAUCGCUUGCAUGAGGGCUUGAGGGGGGUUCAGACACAACCUCUUCGAGGAGGGGAUGGAGGGGGGAGACGGCACGGGGGAGGGUUGACGGUCAAUGAGCCUGGUGUCGUUGUGCCCCAUAACCGUGUAUUCCUGCAGAUGAAGCUAGACAGUUGGGCUGUGGGUGGCUUGCAGCAGCAGUACGAGAGGUUGUGGGCAAUGGCCCUGUUCAGAGCUAGGGUGCCUUUUUCUUUUGUGCGUCUAGAAAUAACGCAGGAGCUGCACAAGUUUAUUGUUUCACUGAUGCGACCGACAUUGGGGCCAGAGCUUCGUUUGCCUGCAUACAAUGACCUGCGCACACGGCUUCUCGAUCUUGUGUACCACAAGAUGUCGGAAGUCGUGGUGCCUAAGAAGGCAAAGUGGAAGAUCACAGGCUGUACGAUGUUGACGGACGGGGCGACAACGAGGAAGUAUACCCCCAUCAUGAACUUCAUCGCGGCUGGAGAGGAUGGUCGCGUCCUUAUCCAGACAUACGACAUGUCUGAUAGGGAGAAGACGGGAGUUGCACUUGCAUUGCUGUGGGAGGAGGUUCUAAGGGAUAUUGGGUUGGAGCAUGUCAAUGCUAUGUGCACUGACAAUGCUUACGCCAAUAAGGUGGCUGCGCAGUGCUUGCAGGGUCAUCCUGAGACCAUCAUAUCACGCAUCCCGUGGGUCCCUUGUGCUGCGCACUGCUUGUCGCUCUUGUUGCGGGACAUCACGGAGCUAGGUUGGGUGUCCCCUGUCCUGAGGAAUGCACAUACAAUUGUGACGUUCUUCAGGACCCACCAAAAGCCGUUGAAGUAUCAUCGCGAGUUCAAAGGCAAGAAGGGGAUGAAGGACUUGAUCAAACCAUGUGACACACGGUUUGGGUCAGCCUACCAGAUGGUGGAUCGACUUUUGGAUCAGGCACCGAUCCUGGAGCUCGUGGUCAGCAGCACAAAAUGGAAGGGCACUCGGUUUCAUGGGAAAGCUGCAGAGGAUGAGGUGGAUGUUCAACAACUGAUCCUGUCGAGUGUAUUCUGGGCAGGAAUGGAGAGUGUGAAGGAAGUCAUAAAGCCGGCCUAUAACCUCCUCUGCGAUAUGGACCACGACGGCUCGUCACCACCCGAUCUUUGGGGGUUUGAGGACACUCUGAGAGCACAGAUGUAUAAGGCAAAGCUCUCAGAGGAGGACCAGCAGGAGAUUCUGGAGAGAGUUCACUUGCGUUGCGGCAUGAUGCGGCAGCCCGCCCAUGCGCUUGCAUACCUGGUCAACCCUCGACGGCGCGACAUCACUCUCUUGUCUGACAUGAGGCCGCUUGAGGAGCAGGAGGGGAUUGCUGACGAGGUCUACCCUGACAACAUGACCAUUGUGGAGGAGGUGGAAGCUGCCGAGCGCAGACGCCACAAGGAUGGCAGAGAUCGUGGUAGCAGCCGCUUGUUGCGGGGAGAGCGGGAGUAUGAUGAGGUGGCAGUGUGGGAGGAGUUGCAAGAUGAUGUGUGGGCGGGAAAGGAUUUAGGGGACGAGAGAGAAAGCACGAAGGGGAAGGAGAGAGUUGGAGGGGACCCUGUGACUCGGGGCCUUUGGGAGAGGUAUGACACCCUCGACAUGGAUGACGCCUUGGACGGCUACCUGCACGACACAAGACACACCUUCGCCACUGCCAUGGACAUAAGGGCAAGUCAGGGAGAGGAGGAUGUACGUGAAACGAGCAGGGGAGGAGGGGAGAGAGAGAGAGAGGGAGGGGAGUCAGGGGACACAGUAUUUGCACCAACGAGAUUUGAUGGAAAGGCUGGUCCUAGUGCAGGUGUGAGCGGGGAAGACCCUCCCGUGUUUGGCAUGCCACAUUGCGAGUCGGGGCGGUCGUCGCCACAUCAUCAGGGAGAUUCUGUUCGCCAGCCUACGGAGGACACACUUGCAGGAGGGGAGUCGAUGGAAGCAUGCCAGGAUGAUAGAUUGCAUGAGGGCGUGGGCCCCUCCCCCACGACACAUUUGACUACAGUACCGUCCUCCGCACCACCAUCCUCUGCAACACCUUCCCUCGCAGCACAAUCGACAGCACCACCCUCGGCUGCAGCGCAGUCCACCGCAAUGUCAUGCACCCUAGUGCUGUCCUCUGCAGUGCCCUCCUCACAUGGCGUCGAUGGUGUCACCUCGCACGGUGCAACAGCAAGUGUUGACACCUGACCUGCACCCCUUGGUACCAGCCGUCAAGCAGUACCUGCUAUUGGUACGGGUGCAUUUUGUCCACCUCAUUCGGGACUAGUGACUUCAGCCGGUGUUCCUCCACUUCCUGCCCGAGUGUCUUCCGCGAUUGUCGACAACACGGCAACUAGGGGUGCAAAGAAGAGGAAGACACCUGAUGCUCGUGGGGGACGUGAAGUUGCACAUGUGAGAGGGAGCACAGGCAGACCACGCGGGCGUCCUCCGGGGAACCGUGACAGGGGUAGAGGUAGACGGGAUGUGGCAGAGGCUGUGGGGAGGUUGCUGGGCGAGGUGGGCGUCGUCGGAGGCGGUGCACCGACACCCAUCUCCGUAGAUGGAUUCAGGACUCGUUCCCAGGCAGGGCAGAAGAAGAGGCCUCAAGUUCAUGAUCCGCGAGUUUUGGACGAUGAUGACAACAUCGACGAGGCAUCUAGCAGCGAGUACGAGGCCCCGGACCAUUGUUCUGAUGAUGACGAAGACGACGACGAUGACGGGCCUGAGGAGGGUGGAGUCGAAGACAAUGAUGAUAGCCCGCAGUACAGUGUGAAGAUGAGAACCUCGUGCAGUUAGCAAUAUUGAGCAUGCUAAGUACAACUGCUACACCAUUGCUGCCAUUGCAGGCCCAAUGUAGGGAAAAGUUCAAAGUGCUCGCAAUUGGGUCUUCUAAAUUUGUAGAGGGAGGGGACAUGAUGCGCAAACACCUCAGGCCCCCAAAAAAAAAUAAAAAAAUAAACUCCAGCCCCAAAAAAUCCUUUAUCCGGAUUUCCGAAUAAAGUAUCUGCCGGGUAAAUCGGUCGAAUGAACCGGCCGGUUGCCU